AUGGAGCAGUCUGCCUGGCACGGCCCGGAGCUGCUCAACGCCUCGGCGCCACCGGGCAGCCGCUGCCUGCUCUACCGCUACCCGCUGCCCGGAGGCGCCCCCGGCCCGCCCAACGGCACCGGGCCCUGCACCCGCGGCUGGCAGUACGCGCUGCCCGCCGCCGGGCUCCGCUCCACGCUGGUCACGCAGUGGGACCUGGUGUGCGCCAAGCAUUGGCAGGUGCCGCUGGAACAAACCACCCACCUCUUGGGAUGGCUGCUCGGCUACGUGGCCCUGGGGGCGGCCUGCGACAGGUUUGGCCGUCGGAUCAUCUUCGCCCUCUCCUUGGUGCUGUCUGUCCCGCUGGGCUUCGGCGUGGCCCUGGCAGUGGGUUACCCGAUGCUGGUGGUGAUGCGGCUGCUCUUUGGGGCCGUGCUGGCGGGCGCCUUCCUCUCCCUCUACGUGGCCCGCCUGGAGUUGUGUGACCCUCCCCACCGCCUGAUGGUCACGAUGAGCGCCAGCUUCUUCUGGGUUGCUGGGGAGUUGUUCCUGCCGGGACUGGCCGUGGCUGUGGCCGAGUGGCGGAUGCUCCAGGGCGCCAUCACACUGGGACUGACCCUCCUGGCUGCUUGCUGGUGGUCUCCUUCUCUCUUCCCUGAGUCAGCCCGGUGGCUCUUGGCCACACAGCAGCUGCAGAGAGGCAAGCGGGCCCUGCUGGAUCUGGCCAGGGGCAACGGGGUCAGCCUGGAAAAUGGCUCCCCAACCGGGGAGACCCUCCUGGCAGAGAUGGACGGACAGGCGGGAGGCGUCCCCAGAGCAGCGUAUAGCAGCGUCUGCCGGGUCUUCAGCACGAGGGUCGUAUGGAAGAACAGCCUCAUUCUGGGCUUCACUGCGUUCAUUGGGAGCGGCAUCCGCCACUGUUUUGCCCGCAACUUGGCUCCGUACGGCCCUCGCUUUUACUUCCCCUACUUCCUGCUGGCGGGGAGCGAAGCGGUGGCCGUCCUCUUCCUGUGCCUGACGGUGGAUCACUUUGGCCGCCGGGCGGUCCUUCUCUUUGGCACCAUCCUGACUGGCAUCUCCUCCCUGCUCCUCCUGGCCCUGAUGCAGUAUCUAAUGGCAUGGCUUGUCUUGGCACUCUCCAUCCUGGGCAUUCUGGCAUCUCAAGCUGUUGCUGCCCUCAGCAUCUUCUUUGCCAGCGAGGUGCUGCCCACUGUGGUCAGGGGGGGCGGGCUGGGCCUCAUCCUGGCUGCACACACGCUGGGCCAGGCGGCCACCCCCCUGAUGGACAUCCAGCCCAACCGCGGCUUCUUCCUGCACCACGUGGUCUUCGCCUCCUUCGCCGUCCUCUCGGUGCUCAGUGUCAUGCUGCUCCCGGAGACCAGCCAGCGGCCCCUGCCGGACUCCGUGCAGGAGGGGGAGAGCCUGCACCGCCCCCCACUCUUCCACCCCAAACGCCGUCACAGACGCCGCCAGGACCAGCUGCCGCUGCUUUCUACCCACACGGGCGCCAGCCCCUACGACCCCGAGAGCUACGCCCACCUGGUCACGGCCACAAAGAAGAUGCUGGGCAGCCGCGUGGGGGCCGCUGGCACUGGGGGCCAAGGCAGCCCCCUGUGCCCACAGACCUGAGAGCACGGCAGCAGCCAGAGGAGAGGAGCGCUGCUGGGCCUGGGCUGCCAAGGCCCCCACAGAAGAAACGUUUUCGGCCCCGGGGAGAUCUGGUGAGGGGCCGGAAGAACUGGGUGCCCUCUUGAGGAAAGACUGACCCAGCCCCCCCCCCUUUUCUUUGCAAACAUGCAAUAAACCCCACGCUGCCUUUAGACUUCA